AUGGAUAUCCAGUCUUCAAGUGCGUCAGCGUUACCUAAUCCUGGCGAUCUCGUCUGGGCGAAAAUGAAAGGCUUUCCACCAUGGCCUGCGAAGGUCCUGGAAAAGGAUAAGGACACUCCUCUGUCGCGCAUUCCCGUCUUAUUCUUUGGGACUGGAGAAAAAGCUUUCAUGAAAGCAUCCGACGUUUGUGAUUAUUACGAAAACAAGGCACAGUAUGAAGUACCAAGAAAGCACAAGGGCUUCAAUGAGGGCAUUCAUGAGAUUCGUGUUGCUGCUGGCUUCGAAACGGCAUUUGACUUGGAUCCGCUCUUUGGCGCCAGCUCAUCGAAUAAAUGCCCGUCUCCUAUGCUUUCGGGAACAAUUCAGGACAAAACGCGAUCGGGCACUGGAAAAAUGUUGGCAGACGCUUUUCUUUCUGGAUUUGAACGGCGGAGAGCAAACUCUGGUUCGACGAGAUCUCGGUCCAGAGCUAGCAGCUCUGCUUCUGCGUUGAAGAAAUUGCGCAAAGCUAUGCACCGACGAAGGUUAGACAGUGGAAGUUCGGCUGGAUCGCGGCGGCUUAAGGGCAUGGCUGGAUUCAAUGAUCGCGGUGGCUUCGAUCUCUUCGACAGUUUUCAGGGACUGGAUGGUAACGAAUUCAAUAUGUUGGAUGAUGGUCUCAAUCUGCUUGCGAAUGAUGAUGCUAGAUCUACCCGGUCGAAGCGGUCACGUGCCUCUUCAAAGCUUUACGAUGAUUUCUUGCUCAAUGGCUUUGGUACAAGAACUCGGCAUCGUUCAGGAAGCGCGAGCGAGGCUGGAAGGAGAAGCAGGUUAAUCUCUGGAGUGUCGGAUGUGUUUGACGAGCUACUUUUUAAUGGUGAAUUAAAUUUACAACAAGCAGCGGAGCAGCUUCUACAUACCUUGGACGAGCUUCCUUCAGAGAGUAGCGAGGGACGACCUGGAACACCAGAGGCACCAGCACCUCUCCCUGGUCCCGCUCUCUUUUGCACAGCUUGUGGUUGUGAAUGUAAGCUCAACGAAGGAAAAUGGAGGUGUACUUCGAAGUUUUGCCGGAAGAUCAAUGAACCUGAUGGCUACUCUGAGCAAAAACCAAAAUACUCUUUAUCCACUGGUGCACCAAGUGCGACUUCUUCAACAACAGAAGUCAAGAAAGAAAAGAAACCUUCAGCAGCGGAUGUUAGGAACGAGCAGAAACUCGGAAACCAUGAAAUUGCGGAGACUGAAAGAGAACACUCGACUGCUCGUCAAAGCAAGAUGAAAACGCGAACCGAUGAAGUGGUGAAAGACGAAGAUGAGGGAGAGCAUAUGCGCCCAUCGUCGUCAAAUUCAAAAUCGACAUUAAACCACAGAGGACGACAGACGACUCCUCCACAGAGAAAGAGAUUCAGAAAAGAGGAGCCUGCGGAAAUCAGCUGUUCUGCGUCAUCAAAGGAACCUAGGAACAAGGUUGGAGUUGUAGUACAUCGUCGAGAAGAGUGCGAAAGGUACAAAAAGCGUGUACAAUUUCAGACGAGAGCGCUAACUCCUCCUCGCGAAAUGUCUUUGUUUUCACCGUCUUCUCCACAAAAAACUAGCAGUACUAAUACUGCGCAAAAUAAUGCCGAUCAAAAGCGGCACAUCCGCGGUACUGGACGUCCAAGGCAGUAUAAAGUUGAAAAGACACCAGUUAUGGGACCGAACGGUCAGCGACAGUGUACUUUUUGCAGUGGACAAGUCAGGCCCCAAAUGUGCGGUAGUAAUAAGCACAGGUGGCGUUGUGUAGACAAGAAAUGUCGAAAAUGGUAUGGCUGGGUCAAGAGUCAUGAAGAAAUACCAAGGGAUUUGGGCAAAAAAGGCAGAUGGAAUCUUGCUGCUCGCACGAAGAAGCCUAUAUCCUCUUCAUCCCGGAAGAAUAAAGAAGAGGAAGAUACAGGGCCUGCAUCGAUGUCUUCACAGGCUGAAGCAGCGUUAGCCGCUGCAGAGAUUCAGUCGAUGCGAAGUGAUGCUACUAAUGAUCCCCUGACAGUCGUAGUGGAGCAGAACAUACAGGAAGUCAAGAAAAAGCUUGGACGUCCUCCAAAAGAACACGGUCUGAAGAUUCGGUUGAAAGGAGUGAAAGAGAAGAAAGAGGAUACCCGUCAAAAACGGAAAUACGUUCGACGGCGGGAUAAAAUUGCCGGUGCAGUGAACAGUGUUUUGCAAGGCCGUUCUCUUGAACCGGAAGAGCCAAAACCUGUUCCUAUGCCUCUUACUGAGGCUGAAAAAAGCUUUGAACCCUGCGCUAUUGAGAAACGAGUUCGUUGGUGGUUGAGCGAGAAAAGGCGCGUAGAUGCAAGCCCUGAAAGAAAGUUUGAAACAAAGGCAAUCGACUCCUGCGCCGCUUUUCGAAUGCUCUCACAUGCGUUCAGAGCCACAGCUGUCACGCGAGCUGAUGAAGCCCAGUCAGUAAAUGGGUCUCUCGACAUUCUCAUGGACUCCCUCAUGGGUUCUCUAGGACCUCUCUUAACCGUCGCUUCCGCCGCCUUCGAAAAUUUGAUUCCCGAUGAACUUGCUCAAAAGCUGUGGAACUCUUCGGCUGUACACCUUCCAACUUUUCAGUAG